GUUCUAUUCCUGGAGUUGUUGUACCAGUGCUCCUCUGUUAGCCUCCUGUCUCACGUCGCUUUACUCCCUGGAAACAUUUUAUUGUAUUCUCAUAUUAUCCAGCUUAUAACACAGUGCCAAUCAGCGAGGCACCCAUCAUUCCCACAGUGCUGUGUUACUGGAAAAGGAGGCACAACUGGAAGAUUUUCUGCGUUCUGACGGUGCUGGAUCCAUCCUGAGCUGAAAACAUGUCGGCAUAUGCUGCGGCGAUAUCGGCCCUUAUUACAGCCAACUCUGUCAAUCCGCCUCUGAGAGCCCGUCCUAGCCCUAUAACAAACACUCCCACCCGCUGCACCCGUUCACCUGAACCUGUGGAAUGUGACGAAGAGCAGCAGGAGAACCCGGCAGAGUACGGCACAGGUGGUUACUACUCUGUAGAGAUUGGAGAGAUUUUUGAAGGCCGUUACCAAGUGGUCAGGAAGCUGGGAUGGGGUCAUUUCUCAACGGUGUGGCUCUGCUGGGAUAUGAUGAAGGGGCAGUUUGUGGCUCUAAAGGUGGUGAAGAGUGCAGCAACAUUCACAGAGACGGCGUUAGAUGAGAUCAAACUUCUGAAAUGUGUAAGGGACAGCGACCCCAAAGAUCCCAAACGUGACAGAGUCGUACACCUCAUCGAUGACUUCAGGAUCUCUGGAGUGAACGGAGAGCAUGUUUGCAUGGUUCUGGAGGUUCUGGGCCACCAGUUGCUGAAGUGGAUCAUCAAAUCCGACUACACGGGUCUCCCUCUGGCCUGUGUCAAAAGCAUCCUCAGACAGGUUCUCCAGGGUUUAGAUUACUUGCACACAAAAUGCAAGAUUAUCCACACAGACAUCAAACCGGAGAACAUCCUCCUGAGAGUGGGUGAGGCAUAUGUUCACAGACUGGCAGCCGACACCAAGCUGUGGCAGCCAUCGGUGUGUCCUGCUUCCACUGCAGCUUCAGCAAACAGAAGAUCCAGAAAACAGCAGAGUUUCUCCAGAUUUCUGGGGAAGUUGGCCGGAGUCUUCCACAGUCUUGGAGAGUGGUCCAACAAGGUCUCCCAGAGUCACAUUGCGCGGCUGACGAGGAAGGAUCGAACUCGACGAAGUCAGGAUGGAGUCUCUGACCACAGUCAGUUGGACAAACCUCAGGUGUUGUGUUCUGAUGCCAUCACUCCCUCCGGCACCCGCAGCCUCACCUGGCAGUCUAAGCUUCCAUCUGCUGGCUCCAACCUGAGGAGACACACCCUGCUGUUGGAGAACAGAAUAGACCCGUCUGUACACAACCACAGAGGUUCUUGGUGCUCGUGGUCAGGUGUCACCACAGAUGCUCCUGAUAGAGCACAUCCUCCCCGCUGUGUUUAUGACUCUGAUCCAUUUCUGGACCUUCUGGAGCCUCAGAAUGCUGAUAAAAUCCAGAUCAAGAUUGCUGACCUGGGUAAUGCCUGCUGGGUGAAUAAACACUUCACUGAAGACAUCCAGACAUGUCAGUACCGUUCAGUGGAAGUCCUAAUCGGCGCAGAUUACAGCAUGCCAGCGGACAUCUGGAGCACUGCCUGCACGGCCUUUGAGCUGGCCACGGGUGAUUACCUGUUUGACCCACAGCCUGGAGCCACGUUCUCCCUGGAGGAAGACCACAUUGCCCACAUCAUUGAACUGCUGGGACCACUUCCAACCCAGUUUGCUCUCUCUGGCAGAAAAUCCAAACAGUACUUCAACCGUAAAGGAAAAUUGUGGCGCAUCUCAAAUCUGAAACCGUGGAGUUUGGUUGAGAUCCUGCUGGAUAAGUACGAGUGGCCGCGUGAAGAAGCUUUCCAGUUCAGCUCCUUCCUCCUGACCAUGUUGGAGCUGCAGCCAGAGAAAAGAGCCACAGCUGCCCAGUGUCUGAAGCACCCCUGGAUCUGCUCCUAGGCUCACGGGCUGGGUUUGGACACACGUGUACGUGGGCUUUUCAACGUGUUUAAACUGCGCUGUAGAAGACCUGGUGCUGGCAUCAUGUCAGCCAUUCCAAGCUAACCUAUACAUCAUAGCCAUUUUUUUCAGAUUUCACCAAGUGUUUAAAACUGCACCAUAUUACAAAGAUAUGUAUCUGAAGUUACUAUAUAUGAAAAAUCAUAGGGAUAGGUCCCUCCAGUACUGUUACUAUGGUCACAGAAGACACAACACUAGGGGUGUCCUUCAAUGAAGUCAGUGCAUUACACUUCUGCACUGUGGAAUUUACCAUAGACAGUUUGAUCUGGCCAGGCUGGGCACAUAAAACAAGCUCACUUGAAACAAUAUUGCAGCAGAGUAUGUCUGGAUUGCCAGUUUCCUGAGUUGAGAAGAUGGAUUGUACCUCAUUUUGAUGUCACGGAAGUCACAAAAGUGAAUAUUCUGUUUUUAUUACCAAUAAAUGAAUCCA